GAAGGCGGUGGGAGAGGUGACCGCCACCGCAGCUCAUCACAGGCGGACUCCAGACAAACAGCUGCUCACCGUCCUCAAACAGCUGUUUCCAUUCUCUUUGGAAACACUAUGAACGAGCCAGCAGUGCCAAUGACACCCUGCUAAUAUUUUUUAAAAAUGUCCUAUGCGUGUUUGUCUGUGCUAGAAGAUGGCGGAGUCGGAUGGCGGCGACUUUUCUCUGAAACAUUCGCAGAGCAGUAUGGCCAACAAGAAUAGCACCCUGCGCUGCUCUUUUUCAGCCCCAAGCCAUAGUGCCACGCUCCUCCAGGGCUUGUCGGUUUUGCGGGCUCAGGGUCAACUACUCGACGUCGUGCUGGCCGUCAAUGAGGAGCGCUUCCAAGUCCAUAAAGCAGUGCUGGCAGCCUGUAGCGAUUACUUCAGAGCUAUGUUUACUGGCGGCAUGAGGGAGUCAAACCAAGAUACGAUUGAGCUGAAGGGUUUGUCUGCCCGAGGACUGAAACACAUCAUCGACUUUGCCUACAGUGCCGAAGUCACUUUAGACCUUGACUGUAUUCAGGACGUCCUCGGGGCUGCCGUGUUUCUCCAGAUGGUUCCUGUGGUGGAGCUCUGUGAGGAGUUCCUCAAGUCUGCGAUGAGCGUUGAGACGUGCCUGCACAUCGGGCAGAUGGCCACCACUUUCAGCUUGUCUUCCCUCAAAGAGUCAGUGGAUGCCUUCACCUUUCGUCACUUCCUCCAGAUUGCUGAGGAGGAGGACUUUCUGCACAUUCCAAUGGAGCGCCUCAUCUUCUUCCUCCAGAGCAACAAGCUGAAGAACUGUAGCGAGAUCGACCUCUUCCAUGCUGCCAUCAGGUGGCUCCAGCAUGACGGAUCCCGCCGGGAACAAGCUAGUAGUGUCCUCUGUCACGUGCGCUUCCCGCUUAUGCGCUCCUCAGAGUUGGUGGACAGUGUUCAGACUGUGGACAUCAUGGUGGAGGAUGUGAUGUGCCGACAGUAUCUCCUUGAAGCAUUCAAUUAUCAGAUCCUUCCCUUCCGACAGCAUGAAAUGCAGUCCUCGCGGACUCUCAUUCGUUCUGAUGUUAUGUCACUCAUCACCUUUGGUGGGACUCCCUACACCGACAACGACCGCACAGUGAGCAGCAAGGUGUACCACCUCCCCGAUGUUGCUACCCGGCAAUUCAAAGAGCUAACCGAGCUGGAGACAGGCUGCAGCCACGCUUGUGUUGCCGUUCUUGAUAACUUUGUGUACAUCAUCGGUGGGCAACACUUGCAGUACCGCAGUGGGGAGGGAGCUGUGGACAGCUGCUUCCGCUACGACCCGCAUCUGAACCAGUGGCUGCGCAUCCAGCCCAUGCAAGAGGCUCGCAUCCAGUUCCAGCUCAAUGUUCUGCAGGGACGGUUGUUCGCUACGGGAGGACGCAAUAGGUCUGGGAGUCUGUCGUCCGUGGAGUGUUACUGCCCAAAAAAGAAUGAGUGGUCUAACGUAGAACCUUUAAAACGCAGGAUUUGGGGUCAUGCUGGCACUUCCUAUGCAGAAAAGCUGUAUAUUUCAGGGGGUUAUGGUGUCUCGUUAGAUGACAAGAAAACACUUCACUGCUACGACCCAGUAUCAGACCAGUGGACCUUCAGAGCUCCCAUGAAUGAACCCAGAGUGCUCCAUGCCAUGAUCAGUGCCCGGGAUCGUGUUUAUGCACUGGGUGGGCGCAUGGACCAUGUGGACCGCUGUUUUGAUGUGCUGGCAGUUGAGUAUUACAUUCCAGACAGCGAUCAGUGGACAACCGUCACUCCCAUGAGAGCAGGCCAGUCGGAAUCAGGCUGCUGCUUACUGGACCAAAAGAUCUACGUCGUAGGGGGUUACAACUGGCACCUCAACAACGUCACAAGCAUUGUCCAGGUGUACAACACGCAGACAGAUGAGUGGGAAAGGGAUUUGCACUUCCCAGAAUCCUUUGCUGGCAUAGCUUGUACACCAAUUAUACUUCCACAAAACAUCACACAGCGCUAAGCAUGCGACCUUUUGACUGUGAGGAUUUUAUUCUGGGGCUUCUUACUGGGACCUCAAACUGUACUCAAUAUGUGAACAUCUGGUUUGUGAGUGUGUCUAUAUAUAUAUAUAUAUAUAUAUAUAUAUAUAUAUUAAAGAAUGGUUUCAGAAGCUACAAAGCAAUCUUACUUGGACAGUUUCAAGCCUUGUUUUCAGAAGUGUGUUUAUUCUGCAGACUGACUGACUCAUUGUUUUCUUUGAAACAUUUUAAGAGUCUUGAAUUUGUUAGUGUGUGUUUUUUUUUUUUAUUAAAGUUAUGAAGUCUGACCAACAAUUUAACACAUUUAAGUGGAAAAUUCUCCAAAAAAGGCAUAUUCAGAGUAAUUUCAUUUUUGAAUGUAUUGUGAUCCAAUCGUUGCAGUUAUUUGUACACUGGCCCGUGAAGAAAAUAUUGUGUGCAAAUUAACCAUACCUCUUAUUAACUGUAAAUAUAUGCUUUUCAAGUUCUCAUCCACAGUAACAAUUCCUAAUUUGGGGCACUUUAUAUUAAAAAUGUAUUAUUUACUUUUUCUGUGAAAGUGUUUGAUUUAACAGUCAAGGGCUUAAGUUACACAGGGCACAAACUGAAUUUAUUAUUUUUUUUCUUUUUAAGCAUUUGAUUAGAUUUUGUUUAAAUAUGUUUUUUUUGUUUUUUUUGCUCAAUUUUAUGUCUUAGUCUCCUCAGCUUUACUGAUCAACAAACUACAUAUCAGGAUUUAACAAUCCUUGCACAAAUGUGUUAUACGUCUUAUAAUUUUGAAUGAAUCAUUUCAGGGUUUUUUUCCCCUUUAAUUUAUACCAUGUGUUUCCUGAGCUGAAUAUGCAGCUGCCACACUGGUUUGUUAUUGUUGUUCUCAGCCAACAGAACAAACUUGUGCCCAUCUCUUAUGGCAGCUACAUAAAUAAUUGAUUUGUGUGGCCAUUAUUAUGUUGGUGUAUCUUAUUCUUCAUGAAAAAAAGCACACUAGUCUACACCAACAAUUAAUGCUGCAUAUGAUCUUAUAUACAUGUAACUAUUGGCUUUAACGCUCUUAAAUUUCCUUUUCACUUGAACAAAACUAUGAAGGAUCAAAUUUUCAUGACUGUUGACUUGUUUUUUACUUUUUUCCCACUCUCCAUUUUCUGCACUUUUUAAAAUGAUGUUUAACAGCUAUUCUUUGUUAUUAAUCAGUCAUGUGUUUAGUAUAUUGUGUUUAUCUGAAAUGAUAACUUUCCACUUCAAAACUCUCCUUAACUUGCCUUAGUGUGUCUUGCUUUUCCUGUACUGGUGAAAGCACAUUAUUUGAUGAAGUGCAAUACAAUGAAAACUGCUGUUGUCACAAGGGGAAUGUACACCUAUGUGCAAUUUUAUGUGUUUCCUUUAUUAAAGGGGUAUUAUAUUUU